ACUUCCGGGCAUGCGAAGGGAAUCCUCGCGUUAAAAGCACAUCGUUGGGUUUACAGGUGUUUUCUGAAGAAUCACAAUGCCUGUGACAGAGCAGCCUAAGAAUAUAUUUUUUGAAGAAGCUGACUUGGCAUAUGAAGAGGAGAUUCUUCGCAAUCCUUACUCUGUUAAAUGCUGGCUCCGAUUUGUUGAACACAAAAAGCAAGCUCCAAAAUCUGCUAUUAAUUUGAUUUAUGAAAGAGCAUUAAGAGAACUUCCUGGAAGCUACAAACUAUGGUACAACUAUCUGAAGUUACGUCGCCAGCAGGUCAAAGGUCACAUUAUCACUGACUCUGUGUACGAAGAUGUCAAUAAUGCAUUUGAGAGGUCACUCGUGUUCAUGCACAAGAUGCCGAGAAUAUGGUUGGAUUACUGCCAGUUCCUUAUGGAUCAGUGUAUGAUCACACGAACUCGUCGUACGUUCGAUCGCGCCCUCCGUGCCCUGCCCAUUUCCCAACACUACAGGAUCUGGCCGCUGUACCUGAAGUUUGCCCGCAUGUACCCAUUGCCAGAGACGGCUGUACGCAUCUACAGACGGUACAUUAAGCUGCAAAAAGAAAACAUGGAGGACUAUAUAGAGUAUCUGAAAUUGAUUGGUAGAUUGGAUGAAGCUGCAAAGCGAUUGGUUGACAUUAUUGAUGAUGAUGGCUUCACAUCUAAGGCAGGAAAAUCUAAACACCAGCUUUGGAACGAGCUCUGUGAGCUGGUGUCCAAAAACCCAGAUAAAGUUACCUCCCUGAAGAUUGAACCCAUCAUCCGCCAGGGGCUGAAGAGGUUUUCUGACCAAAUCGGCCUUCUGUGGAACUCCAUGGCAGACUACUACAUCAGGAGUGGGCAUUUUGAAAAGGCACGGGACAUUUACGAGGAAGCGAUCAUGACAGUGGUGACAGUACGAGAUUUCACACAGGUGUUUGACGCUUAUGCUCAGUUUGAGAAGAGCAUGAUCAGCGCCAAGAUGGAGACCACAUCUGAGUUAGGACCUACAGAGGAAGAUGAUCUUGAUUUGGAGUUGCGAUUGGCCAGACUGGAGGACCUGAUGGACAGGAGACCACUUCUCUUAAACAGUGUGUUGCUGAGACAGAAUCCACACAAUGUUCACGAGUGGCACAAGCGCGUCAAAUUGUUUGAAGGCAAACCAAGAGAGAUUAUCAACACAUUCACAGAAGCUGUUCAGACUGUUGACCCUAAGCUGGCCUCUGGCAAGCCACACACACUCUGGGUGGCAUUUGCCAAGUUUUAUGAGAGUGCAGGACAAGUAGAUGAUGCACGCGUGAUUUUUGACAAGGCUGUGAAAGUGCCGUACAAACACGUAGACGACCUUGCGUCUGUGUGGUGCGCCUGGGCUGAGAUAGAGAUUCUUCACGAGAAUUACGAGGAGGCGUUGAAGCUGAUGCAGAGGGUGACGACCCCUCCGUCAAGAAAAGUCUCUUACCAUGAUGAGGCAGAAACAGUUCAGAGUAGAGUUCACAAGUCACUCAAGGUCUGGUCGCUUUAUGCAGAUUUGGAGGAAGGCUUCGGAACGUUUAAGAGCUGUAAGGCUGUGUACGACCGUAUAAUAGACCUGAGGAUCGCAACGCCACAGAUUAUCAUCAAUUAUGGGAUGUUCCUUGAGGAGAACAACUAUUACGAGGAGGCCUUUAAGGCCUAUGAGAAAGGGAUUGCGCUGUUCAAAUGGCCCAACGUGUACGACAUUUGGAACACUUACCUGACCAAAUUCAUCAACAGAUACGGUGGCACAAAGCUCGAAAGAGCUCGUGACCUCUUUGAACAAUGCCUAGAAAGCUGCCCAGCUAAAUUUGCCAAAGCCAUAUAUCUGCUGUAUGCCAAGCUGGAGGAGGGACAUGGAUUAGCGCGGCACGCUAUGGCUGUCUAUGACCGUGCAACGCAGGGAGUGCUUCCUGAAGAGCGAUAUGAGAUGUUCAAUAUUUACCUGAAGCAGGCGGCAGAGAUUUCAGGUGUGACGUACACGAGGCAGAUUUAUGAGAAGGCCAUUGAAGUGCUCGACGAAGACUCAGCCAGGGAAAUGUGCGUAAGAUUUGCUGAGCUGGAGAAGAAGUUGGGAGAAAUUGACCGAGCCAGAGCUGUGUACGCUCACUGCUCUCAAAUAUGUGAUCCUAGAGUGGCCCCCAAAUUUUGGCAGGCGUGGAAAGAGUUUGAGAUCAAGCAUGGCAAUGAAGACACAGUUAGAGAGAUGUUGAGGAUAAAGAGAAGUGUUCAGGCCACAUAUAACACACAGGUAAAUUUCAUGUCUGCUCAGAUGCUGGCUGUCAACUCUGCUAAAGAAGCAGCAGAGUCCACUCAGAAUGCAGAUGAGAUGAAGAAGUUAGAGGAGAGAGCCCGACAAUUAGCUGACGAGGCAGCCAAGGACCAAGUCAAGCCUGACAAGGGCAUCUUGUUUGUUAGGAGCAACACAACGAACGAGGAGCUUGGUGAGAUGACGAAAACGGCCAAUCCUGACGAAAUCAAUAUUGACGAGGACUUCUCCAGUGAUGAAGACGAAACUGUUGAAGAAGUAGAGGUUCAACAGCAGAGUGUUCCAACACAGGUGUUUGGAGGCCUAGCCAAUGAAGACGACUAAUCCAAAGGCUUUUGGCAUCUGACCAGUUAAGAACUCUGUACCAUAAACCUUGAACAGCUGUCCACGUGGUUGUUCAUACCCAUGGGCUCUCUGGAUCUGACCAAUCAGAAAGCCUCUUCCACUGAACAUUGAAGAUCAUGGAUAUUUAAAACAAGUCCAUUUUGUUUGUUAGAAGAUGUUUGACACCAAGCUUUGAAAAAACAUUUCCUAUGGAAUUCACCCUUUGGUAUCAAGAAUAUAGCUAAGUUUGAUAAAUGUUUAAGUAUUACAAGUGAGUCAUAAAUAAAUAUCACGAUGGCUUUUGGUAUAGAUUAUUGUGUUGUUGCUUUUUUAGAAUGGUAUCCGUGUGAUUGCAAACUAAAACACAAACUAACCAUUCUUGUUCAAACAGAUUGUAGUGAGAGCUCUCUGCAGCUGCCAGAGCCUUGAGACCAAUGAGAUAGCAUGUUGCAUUCCCUCGGCAUUAUUCCUGUCGCUCUGUUUUGCAACAUUUGUAGUUUAUUCUUAAGUCCUUUGCUGCAGUUAGACUAGAUAACAUAACAACGGUCGAAGUGUGGCAGUAUGAAAGUGCUAUAAACUAGUUAUCAGAGAACCAAU